AUGUUUCCUCUUUUGUGCCGUGACAAACUGAUUCUUCCAUACAUUGCUGUGCAUGGUCUGUUCAUCCUUCUUUAUUGUGCUCCUGGUGGAAGACAAGAUACAACAAAUUCUCAUUCGUCUACCCCUUUGAAAUCUUUUGUGAUAGCCUUUCUUGUUUUUUGCUCUCUUAUUCUUCACAUUGUGUACUUGACCAUUCAUCCUCCACAGAAGUAUCCUUACCUCUUUGAAGCCAUGAUUAUGCUUCUUUGCUUCUCUCAGUUCAUAUUGAUCAGUGUUUAUGCAAAUACAAAGCAAUGGAUGUUGUCAAGGCAUUAUGCAGUAAUGGAUAAAGAAAAGAAGCAGCUUUAA